UAUGAGGGGGGGAGGGAGGAGCGCGCGACCGGAAGUGGAGUCGACGGCGGCCCCGGAAGCGGCGGCGGUGAACGGAGACGGCGAUGGCGGCGGAAGAGCCUCAACAGCCACAACCGGAACCGCUGAGCGGAGACGCCGAUGGUGUCAACUGUUUGGCGUACGACGAAGCCAUAAUGGCCCAACAGGACCGCAUCCAACAGGAGAUCGCGGUGCAGACGCCGCUGGUGUCGGAGAGGCUGGAACUGAGUGAGCUCUACAAGGAGUACGCGCCCGACGACACUGUCUACCAGGGGAAGAUCAAGGAUUUGCUCCAGAAGUAUUCGCACAUCCGUAAAACGCGUCCGGACGGGAACUGCUUCUACAGAGCCUUCGGUUUCGCUCAUCUCGAGGCGCUCUUGGAGGACGGACGGGAACUGCAGCGGUUCAAGGAGGUGUCGGCGCGCAGUAAGGACGAGCUCGUGGCGCAGGGCUUCACCGAGUUCACCAUCGAGGACUUCCACAACACGUUCAUGGAGCUGAUCGAGCGGGUGGAGCGCCGCGUGCCGUUACCGGAGCUGUUGGCGGCCUUUAACGAGCCGAGCGUUUCCGAUUAUUUGGUGGUGUAUUUGCGGCUGUUGACGUCCGGGUGCCUCCAGCGCCACCGCCGCUUCUUCGAGCAGUUCCUCGAGGGCGGCAGGAGCAUCAAAGAGUUCUGCCAGCAGGAAGUGGAGCCGAUGUGCAAAGAGAGCGACCACAUCCACAUCAUCGCUUUGGCGCGAGCGCUGCACGUCUCCAUCCUGGUGGAAUAUAUGGACCGGGGCGAGGGGGGAACGACCAAUCCCCACGUCUUUCCGGAAGGUUCUCAACCUCGCGUUUGUCUCUUAUAUCGUCCCGGUCAUUACGAUAUCCUUUAUAAGUAAAUUCCCGGGAAAAAAUUCCCACCCGGGCGUUAUAAAAGAGGGAAUAUAAAGGGUUUCCGCCCGCGGGCGUUAUACGAGAGAAUUUCAGCCCCUGGGGGUCGCAAUGAGGGGAAUAUUUCCUUUCGGGGGGGGGUUAAAAAGGGCCCUUUGUGUCAUCCCAAAAAAAAAAAGAGGGAAAAAAAUCCCCGGAAUGAAAGCGUCGCCCCUUAAAUUUGACCCUUUUUGGAGUGCGC